CAGAAGAAUGUCCAAGAACAAAAGAUCAAGCAAGUACGGAAGAAUGAUCUGGUAACAACUAAAGAAACUCCAGAGAGCUCUCAUUGGAACCUUCUAACGGCGUCCUCAACCUGAAGAAGAAACAUCAACGGCUAAUCCAGAACCACAGCGGCAAGCUCAAACGAAUGGAGGUACGACACAACCAGAAGACCCAUUAAUCAUUGAGACAGACUAACUGACCUGUUAUGAGAACAAGAUACGGAACCAAGAAACCUUCAAGUUCUGUCAGAGAAUACCCAUUCAGAGAUCACAGAUGUACUACAACAGCCGCUGUUACCUGAAGCUGAACUAGAUAAUGGAACUUUGACGGAUAGAAUAAGAGAUAGGUGAAGAAACGCAGCACAGGUAGCAGAAAGAAUGUUAUAAGAAAUUAGACGUGAUGGUGCCUUUGAUUAUGAUCCCAACUUUGAAUACAUCAUUGAAGAAAACACCGACGGUUUUAAUGAGAAUGAUGACCCAGUUUAUGAACAACAACAACAGCGGAGACCACGGAGACCGCAGAACUCAGUUUAUAAUCCAGGUGGCCUUGAAAAGUGUUGCGAUUAUUGUCAUGCUCUCCUUAUCGAUACUGAAUUACCAUCUUUUUGUUGUGAUAGGGGGAAAGUUUUACUCGGUGAGAUAUUCAAAGAACCUCCACAGUACAUGAAGGAUAUCUUAUUGGAUCCAAUCACGUCCAAAUAUUCUCGAACGAUCAAUACCUUUAUUUUGAUACCAUCGUUGGGCUCUGACAGCGCAGGUGAUUUGCGAGGUGGAACUUAUUCAAUGACUAUCAACGGGAGUUUGGUCCAUAGAGUUGAUUGUAUGAUAGCGCUAGACAUUAAAGUCAAUAGCCGACGGGGCCGUGCAGGGCAAGUUGAUCGCGAAGGUCCAAAUCGCCUUCACCGUAACGAAGCACUACAGAUCAACUUGUAUAUGUAUAAAUCGAUAAAUAAUACAUCCUGGUGAAAC